AUGCUAUGGUAUAAUGAGAGGAUUAAGAAGGACACAAAGAGGAUUAAUAUCACAUUUUCAAUGUGUUGUCUAAAGGGAAAAGUUCAAUUACCUCUUAUGCGGCCACCUCCUUCUAAGCUACAGAACUUAUUCUUUAGCAAGGACUCAACUGAUUCAAAGAAUUUUCAAGCAAACAUAAGGCAAUACAAUAAUAUGUUCUCAUUCACGUCACUGGGAGGGAAAAUUGAUCAUUCAAAAAAUUCUAGUGGUGGACCAUAUUCCUUUGUCAUGCAUGGGGUCAAUUAUCAUUCCAUUGGGAGUCUUUUGCCUCCAAAAGGUGGGAGACCAGUUUAUUCACAGCUCUACAUAUUUGAUACAGAGCAUGAAGUAGCUAAUCAAAUAUCAGCUGUUAGCAAACAUCAAACUCAAUCAACAAUUCUCCCUAAAAUUGUCAACCAAAUAAAAGAUGUUCUUGAUGCUGUUAAUCCUUUUGUUCAACAAUAUAGAUGUGCAUUAUCAAUGAUUAUGAAUGAAGGACAGAAUGAAUUGAAAUUAUGCUUGAUUAGUAGUAGAGACACAGAUGGUCGCACCUUUAACUUGCCUUCUGCAUUAGAAGUUGCUACUUUAAUUGUUGGUGACAUUGAUAUGAGUUUUAAUUAUCCUAUCUUAUUUCCGUAUGGGGAAGAUGGAUAUAAAGUUGACAUUGACCAUAGAGAAGAGAGCCUUGCUAUUACUAAGAAGAAGAAAAAGCUUAGCAUGAGGGAAUAUUUCACAUUUAGAUUGAUGGUGAGGGAAAAUGAAAUCUCUACCUUACUCCAUGCAAGAAGAUUGUUGCAACAAUUUGUUGUUGAUGGUUAUACGAUGAUUGAGUCUCAAAGGUUGCUUUGGGUUAAAACUCACCAAAGAGAACUAAGGGUUGAUCUAUACCAAGGACUGUCUGAUGCAUUAACAAGUGGGGAGAGAGAUGCUGCAUCAAUAGGAAGACGUAUAAUACUUCCUUCGUCUUUUACUGGAGGAGCUCGUUACAUGAUAAUGAAUUACCAAGAUGCAAUGGCUAUUUGUCGGUGGGUAGGAUACCCUGAUAUCUUCAUAACAUUCACUUGCAAUCUAGCUUGGCCUGAAAUUACAAGAUUUUGUUCUCAACAUGGAUUACAUCCUUCUGAUAGGCUAGAUAUUUUAUGCAGAGUAUUCAAAAUGAAGCUUCAAUCAUUGAUGAAGACCAUCAAAACAAAAAAGAUUUUUGGUACUGUUAGGGCAGAGAUUUACACAAUUGAGUUCCAGAAGAGAGGAUUACCACAUGCGCAUAUACUAUUAUUCCUUGAUACAAGGGAUAAGCUCAAACAUCCUAAAGAUGUUGAUAAGAUCAUAUGUGCAGAAAUCCCUGAUAAGGAUUCAUCACUACUGUUAUAUGACUUGGUAAGGAAAUUCAUGGUUCAUGGUCCUUGUGGCUCUAGCAAUCCUAAAUCACCUUGUAUGAAGGAUAAGAAAUGUAGUAAAUACUUCCCAAAGAGAUUCAAUGAUAAUACAAAAGUUGAUGACGAAGGAUAUCCUACAUAUCGUCGCAAAGCUAAUGGUAGGUUAGUUGAAAUCAAGUCUAUCACUUUAGAUAAUCGAUAUGUUGUGCCUUAUAAUCCUUCGCUUCUACAAAUGUUCCAAGCUCAUAUAAAUGUGGAGAAAUGUAAUCAAUCAUCUGCAAUUAAGUAUUUAUUCAAGUAUAUCAGUAAAGGUAAUGACAGAGUAGUUGUCAAAAUAUUUGACAAAGAUGGUGCUGCAAUAUUUGAUGAGAUUCAAUAG